ACAAAGGUCACUGAGAACGCGCGGUGGCAGGCGGCGGACUGUGUGCCUACUCGGAGGAUAAGGUGCAUGUCCCCAAUGUCCGCUCCGGUCGCCCGGUUAGGAAUGCGUCUCGCGAAGCUGGUGUGUGGUGUAACAUUUGAUUAUACGCCAACGGGGAUUGAUAUGCGACACUUAUAUUUUUAGUAUCUUAGCGCGAGAGCUUCAUUCAUUGAGCUAGCUGUCGUUAGCGCGCUCCGUUGAUUCAUAGCACGCUAGGUCGCUAGCUGGCUAACAAGUGAGUGUGCUACCUGAAGGUGUGCUGCUACUAGGAGACAAGCCGACCGACUGCUGAACACAGCCGGUGUUUGGGUCAAAGGAGGAGGUGGUGGCAGGUGGGGUCCGGGAGAACGCGACGGGGUGAAGUCAGGAGCGGCUGAUGAGUUCAGACCAGAGCGGAGUGCCGCCGCUGCUGCAGGAGGAGGCUGAUCCCGGACCGAAGAGCGGUGGGAAGGACGAAGCUCCGCUGGGGAGCGAGGGAGGCUCAGGCGGCAUGGUCACAUCUAAGGGUGCUGGUUUGAACCCAAAUGCCAAGGUGUGGCAGGAGAUCCCCGUGGCCCCCAGCGAGUCCGUUCCCAGCAGUCCACAUUGGCCUCCCUCGGACGGUUACUCUGAGCCUUCGUCAGCUGGGUGCAAGCAGUACACGGUGGGAUACUGCGCCCUGGGUGACAGCAGCUCCACAGCAACAGCUGAGAUAGCAGUAAAUGGAAUGGAUCCUCAAGAGUCGGGCUUUUCUCCCGCUGAGUCCACGACGGGGAGCUCAGAUUCCAAAACUGAAGAACAGCAAAUCUCCUCUGAGAAUCUACGAGAGUCUCUGAAGAAGGAGCUGGAGUUUUAUUUCUCCAGAGAAAACCUCUCCAAGGAUUUGUACCUCAUGUCCCAGAUGGACAGCGAUCAGUUUGUCCCUAUUUGGACUAUAGCCAGCAUGGAGGGCAUUAAGGUCCUCACCACGGACAUAGACCUCAUCCUGGACGUGUUGAGAUCAUCUCCUAUGGUACAGGUGGAUGAGAAAGGGGAAAAGGUGCGACCCAAUCACAAGCGAUGCAUCAUCAUCUUGAGAGAAGUCCCUGAAACCACACCAGUGGAGGAAGUCGAGUCACUGUUCAAAAAUGACAACUGUCCAAAGGUGAUCAGCGUGGAGUUUGCCCACAACAACAACUGGUACAUCACAUUCCAGUCGGACACUGAUGCCCAACAGGCCUACAAGUACUUGAGAGAGGAAGUAAAAACAUUUCAGGGAAAACCCAUCAUGGCCAGGAUAAAGGCCAUCAACACAUUUUUUGCAAAGAAUGGUUACCGUAGCAUGGACAGCAGCCUGUAUGCUCAGCAGUCCCAGAACCAGUCCCAGUACAGCUCCCCAGUCUACAUGCAGCACGUCUACCCCCAGCAGCAGUACCCAGUCUAUGGCCUCAUCCCUCCCACCUGGACGCCAUCGCCUACGCCCUACUUUGAAACUCCUCUGGCGCCGUUUCCCAACAGCAGCUUUGUGAAUGGAUUUGGCUCUGCUGGACACUACAAAACCAACUCCGCCACUCUGAAUCUAACUCGCUCGUUCAACAGGAGCCGUGUCCCUCUCUAUUCAAGAAAGAAUGUAAUAAAUGCCUUCAGAAACCACGUGAAGCCCCAGGUGAGGACAAGCGAGGUUUGUCCAGCGCCUUUAACCCCAGUCCCAUUGGAGAGUCUGACUGGACUUCGCAGCCCACAGCCUCCUGUUGUCGUGGCCACCGUCACCCCCACCAACCAGACUGCCAAUGACCUGGCUUCAGCUUUCUCACAGCUCUCCUCCUCAUCCUCGUGUUUGGAUCCCAGUGACGAUGGAGGCAUGGCUGGACGUGGAAGACGGAGCACGACGUACAGAGGGACACGGAGGAGGCGAGAGGACGAGAGGAUCACAAGGCCUGCUCCGUUAGCCGAGGUGAAGGUUUCUCCCCCCAAGUUUGACCUGGCUGCCACCAAUUUUCCUCCACUUCCUGGUUGCGUGGUCAGCACGCAAGGCGAGCCAGUGCUUGAAAACCGAAUGUCAGAUGUUGUACGCGGUUUGUACAAGACUGAACACACCAAUAAAGACGCCAUUGUGAGUUCAGGUCCAGUCACAGGGGAGACCACGGCUGUCCCGAGUCCUGUCUUGACUGCCGUGAAACCUGUUACUCAACCACUCGGACAUCUGCCCUCCCGCAUCGCUCAUCAGGAGAAGAGGACUGAGCGGGCCGAACCCCCGGCCUCUAAAGCACCUCCACGCUCGGCUCCAACUCCAGUUCAAACCACUGUCGCUCCCUCCACCACCCAGCCUGUUGGCUCCAGGCCUCAGUCCUCCACUGUCUCCACACCGGGGACUUCUAGUACACCUGCCCCCGCUACAGUCACUAGCAACUCUCCCGCACAGGAGCCCCGUAAACUCAGCUACGCUGAAGUGUGCCAACGGCCACCCAAGGACCCUCCACCCGUGGCCCCCACCCCUGCCUCCACUAGCACGGCGUCGGGCCAGCCGCUCCGCGAGCUGGGAGUGAACAAGGCCGAUGAUCCGGGCUCCAGCAGCAGCAGCCCCGGAGACAAGCAAGAGCGAGGUCACGACAGGGAGGGGGGGUGGGAAUGCAAGGAAAGCCGGCCGCCACGUGAACGUGACUCUCAAUGUUACCACCGCAGCAAAGGCCCCAGAGGCACGGGGGGGCUCAAGUUUCGGGAGCAGCGGCGCCCGCCCCCAAACAGACGCAGCUCCCCUCAGGGAGGCUACAGGCACACCGGCAAAGAGCAGAACAUCCCCCCCGCAUCGCCAAAGUAAAAACUGAAUCUGAAUAGAGAAAGAUGUAUGAAUAUAUAUACGUGGAUAUAUAUAUAAUUAUAUAAAAAUGAAUAAGAUAAAAGCAACAACAUUAUGGUAGCCACCUUCCCUCCUGGGACUUGUCCAAAGAAAAGCUCUUAAAAGGACCGAGACAUCCAGGACCUAAAGGGCAAAGCGACGUCAGGAGGACUUGAUGAGCAAUCUGAAAAGAAAAAAAAAGUGAUUUUCCUGGAGGUCGUUCAUUUCUGCUCUGCUAGGGAAGGUGGGAUGCUGGGCCACAUAAAUGGCCCUCUACCUUAUUUUUUUUUUUAUUUAAAUAAAAAAAAAAACUAGUUGUUGGUCUGCAAGAACAAUAUGCACUAAGACAAGAAGAAAAUGCAUAUAUGUCAUGUACAUAUACAAAGAUAUCACUAACACCAGAGAGACAUGAGUUUUGUUCCGUUCUUGUGUGCUUAGGUUUGCGAGUGGAGGCUUGACUGAUCCGUGUUUGUGUCGAUUGUUGAGCAAAAUGAUUGAAGUGCUCCGAUGUGCCGUUGCAGCGGUUCUAAUGGAACGGAUCGUUUUGAUUUUUACAGCAGAGAUUCUGAAUCAUUGUCCUGGGAAACGGGCAGUGUGGUCUUCUAAUGUACAUUAAUGAAAGUGUUUUUGAUUCUGAUUUGCGAUUGGACAUCAGAAGCUGCCGACGCACGCCGCGCUCAUCUGUGUGGUUUUGUUUUGAAGCCGAAACCGGCAAACCUGCUAUAGCCUGGUCCAAAGUUUUUCAUGUUUUAUUUGUGUUUUCGUUUAAGGGAGGAGGGGUCGACCCACUGAAUAGAUUCAGAACUUUGUUGAUAAUCAGUCAGGUUCUCUGUUUACAUGUUUGGCUAGUCUGGGAACGCUUCCUCCAGAGGUGGAGUCAUACGUGGAUGCUGAGGUUCGACUGUUCGGGGUUCUGGGUGAGGUUUGGCUUUUCUACAUCUUCACAGGAUAUCCAGGUUACGCUUGUAUCUGAAUAACGGAGACGUCAUUUCAGAGAGAAAAAAAUAGACUUGAGGUGUGCUGUUAGGUAAGGAGGCUAGCUUCAUGAUAUCUGGCAGCCAAGUGGAUUUCUCCUAUGUGCCAGCUGCCUGCGAUCAUAGUUCUAGGAUAAGGUUUUAAUUUUUAUUGAUGCUAAAUAAUUUAGUGUUUGGGGAACGUUUUGACUCAGUGAAACUGGAUUUUUGAGAAACUGUAGAGGUUUAGUUGCCUAUGCUAUAUCGUAAUAACCCUUCACUAGAAAUGGGAGGAUGUGAUUGUUUAGUUCUAAAAUGACGAGACUGCAGAUAUCCAUCAGAUUGUUUUUGUGAUGUAGGGUGACUUUGAUGUUUUUUUUUUUUUUUAAUUUUCAAAGAAAAAAACUGGUUGACUUAGAAUUUAAAGUUUGACUCACUGUAUGUAUUGCUUUUUAAAGCCUAUUUAUUUUAAUUCUAAUGCGCAACGCUUUCCUCCCAAUCUUGGUAGGCUGGUUUCCCCAAAGUUGUGUGAAAUGGCAUUGGCAAAAUAAAAUCACGCAUAUGACAUGUAUGCACUGAUUGAGAAUGUUGGCUGAGAGAAAAACACUUGAUGCAUUUACUUUGGGUUUGAUAAUGCAGUAAACGAGGAUCCAAUCACUGGGGCUAUUUUAUUUCUACGUUGUGUAUGAGCAGCUAGUGAUUUAGUAUCAUUAAAUAAAUGCACUAACUUUUUUUAAUUACAAAAAGAAUCGUAUUCCUGAGUAAUCUGAAAUAAUUUUAGAAGCGUAUGGUUGAUGCUGAUCAGCUUGCAAAUGUAUACAAAAAUAGCCCCUCCCCCUUCUGCAUUUUUGUUUUGGGUUAUUUUCUGUUCAUUUGGGCCGGGGUGGCAACAGGAAAUGUAGUAAUGGAUCAACAAAAGUGUUCAAGACACAAUCUUAGAACUGUAUGACAUGUCACCAAAAAUAAAUUAUUUUGAUUUGG